UGUUAAUAUAAAACCAUCAACAAAUACGUUAAAACAUCGUGGUUGGUACAUAAUUUCAAUCACAACAGUACCAGCAGGUACACUAUUCCGUAGUGUGACGCCUUAUUGUGUACAUACUUCUGAACAUCACAAAAAGGAUUAGGUCAGCAUACGUAUUGUAUAGGGAAAUCAUAACAAGUAAAGAAUACCAUAUUCUAUAUAUUUAUGCUACAAUGGCUCGGAAAGGAUCAGGUUCUCAGUGGCAGAUCGAUCAUGAUGACAAUCGCAGUGACGACAGUUUCCUAGAUGGAGACGACUUGGAUCCCGUCGACGAGUUCCGCAAGGACACUGUGCGGUCAACAAAUGCUUUCGAUGUGGAUUUCGCUCGCUUAUCUAACGAGAUAUCCAAUGGGAUAUAUGCGUUCAGUCAAAAGGUG